CAAUUAGGUUUUGCUGGCCGCCGCUUCCGUUCUUCGUUUUUCUUUGCAACGCCGAUCUUCAAAUUUUUUUCGUUUCUACGCGCCGUCGCGUUCUUCGUUUUUUCCUUUGCAACGCCGAUUUCAAAUUUUUGUUUCUCUCUACAACGCCGUCAAUAUGGCAAAUUAUUUUGCAAGACCCGAGAAUUCAUUGAACAGAGCUGAAGAAUUGAUCAAUGUGGGUCAAAAUCAAGAGGCUCUCGAAACCCUACACAGUUUCAUCACCUCCCGGAGACACCGGGCAUGGACGAGAACGCACGAGAAAAUCAUGUUCAAAUACGUGGAACUGUGUGUGGAUAUGAAGAGAGGAAGGCACGCGAAGGAUGGGCUUAUCCAGUACCGAGGGAUCUGUCAACAGGUGAACAUCGGUUCGCUCGAGGAGGUCAUCAAGCAUCUGCUCCGAUUGGCCACCGAUAAAGUCGAGCACGCCUCCCAGGAAUUGGAGGAUGCUCUCAAUGUAGAUGAUUUGGAAGCCGAUCAACGGCCCGAGGAUCUUAUGAUGAGCUAUGUUAAUGUGGACAAAGGAAAAAAUAGAUCCGAUCGCGAGUGGUUCAAGUUCUUGUGGGAGACUUAUCGAACUAUUUUGGAUAUUUUACGCAACAAUUCGAGAUUGGAAGCCCUAUAUGCUAUGACUGCACACCGAGCCUUUCAAUUCUGUAAGCAAUACAAACGAAUGACGGAGUUUCGGAGACUGUGUGAAAUAAUUAGGAACCACCUCGCGAACCUUAACAAGUACAAAGACCAGCGAGAUAGGCCCGAUCUUGCUAAUCCCGAGAGCUUGCAGUUGUAUCUCGACACUCGAUUUGAGCAGCUCAAAGUUGCUACCGAGCUUAAUCUCUGGCAGGAAGCCUUUCGUUCGAUCGAGGAUAUACAUGGAUUGAUGUGCAUGGUUAAAAAGACACCUAAAUCUUCCUUAAUGGUGGUUUACUAUUCGAAGCUGUCUGAAAUUUUCUGGAAGUCUUCGUCGAACCAUCUGUACCAUGCUUAUGCGUGGCUCAAGCUUUUCUCACUUCAGAAGGGUUUUAAUAAGAAUUUGAACCAGAAAGACUUGCAGUUGAUUGCAUCUUCAGUUGUUUUAGCUGCACUCUCGGCACCCCUGUACGAAACCUCGUACGGCGCAUCUCAUUUGGAGCUUGAAAACGAGAAAGAACGCAGUUCCAGAAUGGCAAAACUUAUCGCCUUUGAUGUUGAAUCCAGCUCUGAACAUAAAGAAGUGCUUUCGAGGUCUGCUCUUCUCUCCGAUUUGGUGGCGAAAGGUGUACUGAACUGUGCAACUCAAGAAGUGAAGGAUCUUUACCAUAUUCUGGAACACGAGUGUCUCCCUUUGGACCUUGCAGUAGAAGUGGAGCCAUUGUUGACCAAAGUCUCGAAGCUCGGAGGUAAACUCGCUUCCGCUUCGUCUGUUCCAGAAAUACAGCUCUCACAGUAUGUCUCUUCUCUGGAGAAGCUUGCUGCUCUUAGGUUGCUUCGAAGGGUCUCGGAGGUGUAUCAGACUAUCAACAUUGUUAACCUGUCAAAGAUAAUUCCGUUCUUCGACUUUCCAAACGUCGAGAAGAUCUCUGUCGAAGCAGUCAAGAAUAAUUACUUAGCAAUGAAGGUUGAUUACAGGAAGGGCGCUGUUUUGUUCGGUAAUAAGGGUUUGGAAUCAGAAGGCAUACAACACCACUUGUCUGUAUUCGCUGAAUCCCUCAGCAAAUCGAGGGCCAUGAUCUGCCCUCCUGCAAAAAGAACAAAAUUAGGCGAAGCACUUCCAGAUUUACUCGAUGUGGUCGAAAAAGAACACAAGCGACUUCUUGCACGCAAGUCGAUAAUCGAGAAGCGCAAAGAGGAACAAGAACGCCAGCUUUUGGAGAUGGAACGAGAGGAGGCGGCAAAGAGGCUGAAAACGCAGAAAAUAACCGAAGAGGCAGAGCAAAGAAGACUUGCCUCUGAAUUCGAGCAAAUGAAGAAUCAACGGAUUCUGCGAGAAAUAGAAGCACGUGAGCUCGAGGAGGCUCAAGCUUUACUUCAAGAAGCUGAAAAACGCAGUAAGAAGAAAGGAAAGAGAACAGUUUUAGACGGGGAGAAAAUAACUAGGCAGAGCCUGUUGGAGCUUGCUGUUAACGAGCAGAUGAGGGAGAAGCAAGAAAUGGAGAAGAGACUACAGAAGCUCGGAAAAACUAUGGAUCACUUGGAGAGGGCUAAAAGAGAAGAGGCGGCCCCACUUAUCGAAACUCUGUUUCAGCAUCGUUUAACUGAAGAGGAGGCUCUGCAUGUUCUUGAGCAGCAGCAAGAGAUUGAUGUAAGCAGGCAGCGACAUGCUGGUGACCUAGAGGAAAAAAAGAGGCUGUCGCGGAUGCUGGAGAACCAGAAAAUAUUCCGAGAAAGAGUGGUGAGUCUUAGGAGAGGUGAAUUCGAUAGGCUCAAGGAGGAGAGAGAAAAUAGAAUCAAACAAAUUCUCCAGUCACGAAAACAAGAAAGGGAAGCCAAGAGGAAAAUGAUUUAUUAUUUGCGAUCUGAAGAGGAGAAGCAGAAAAAAUUGCUCGAAGAGGAGGAAGCACGAAAGCUCGAAGAGCUGAAUAGGAAAAAGAGAGAGGCAGCCGAGUACAAGGCGAAGCAGGACGAAAUUGCCGAGAAGCAGAGGCAGAGAGAGAGGGAGGCUGAGGAAAGGCAGAAGAGGGAUUUGUCUGUCACCACACGCUCUGUCGAGGUAGCGCCUACUCCUGCUGCUGCACCUGCGGCUGCUCCUGCAGCUGCUGCAGCUGCAGCUGCACCUGCAUCAGCAGGCGGGAAAUACGUUCCCAGGUUCAAGAGAAUGGCUGCUGAUGGUGCGGGGUCAACUGGAAGCCGGCCAGACGAUCGGCCGGCCCCGAAUGGCGACAGGUGGCGGGACGACCGCGACCGUGAUCGCAGGCCUGCUGCGUAUGGUGGCUGGCGUUCUUCUAAGGAAUGAAAGGGGAAACUGAAAAAGUUUUACGGCUUACUAAAUAAUCUUUCGUUCUUUUCGAGUGGUUUAGUAACCAGAAUUAUGUUUGUUUGUAAACGUUUUGUUUAUUUCUGAGUUCCGGAUCGGAUAUUGCAUGAUUCGUU